AUGGGAAUCUGCGGAUCUUCCGAAGCAGCAGCGCAAAAUGUCAGCAAUGCAGACCAAAAACCUCCGGCGCAGCAUGGCAAAGCCGAAGAUCCCAGGUCUGGAAAACGCUUCGGUGAUGUCUACAAGAUGGGGAAAGAGUUGGGAUCCGGUGCAUUUUCUAUCGUCAAGUCCGGCCAACACAAGCAAACCGGCGAAAGCUUUGCCAUCAAGAUCGUUACCAAGUCGAAGCUCACUCAGGAAGACGAAACCGCUCUUAAAGACGAAAUAGCUGUUCUCAAAGAGCUGAAACAUCCCAACAUCAUUCAACUCUACGAUGUAUAUGAGGAACGCGAUUUCUACUAUCUGGUUACGGAACAAAUGGCUGGAGGUGAACUGUUUGACCGGAUUGUGCAAAAAUCUUACUACAACGAGAAAGAAGCGCGCGAUGUUUGCAAGAUAUUGUUCGAAGCGAUGACAUACUGCCAUUCUCACAAGGUAGCGCAUCGUGAUCUCAAGCCGGAGAAUUUGCUUUUGUUGUCUUCUGAUAACGACUCAAAUAUCAAGAUUGCCGAUUUCGGGUUUGCCAAAAAGUGCCCAAAGCCGCAGUGUUUGAAAACGCAGUGUGGAACGCCGGGGUAUGUAGCCCCUGAAAUCUUGGAAGGUACACCGUACGAUACGCAAGCGGACAUGUGGAGUCUCGGUGUUAUUGUCUACAUAUUGCUAGGUGGAUACCCGCCUUUUAUCGAACAAAAUCAGCGUGAGUUGUUUCGUAAGAUCCGUAAAGGACAGUUUGAAUUUCACGAUGAGUACUGGGGACAAGUCUCCAAGGAGGCGAAACACCUCAUCAGUUCUUUACUGACUGUCCAUCCUACCAAACGCAUGGAUGGCCCGGAUUCUUUAACUGACAAGUGGAUUACAGCCGGCGACGACGUACUUGCUAGCAAUGAUUUGGGCACGAAUUUGGAUAAGUUGCGAUCCUUCAACGGCAAGCGCAAGCUCCGGGCUGCGGUACAGACCAUUAUGGCUGCCCAUAAGCUCACAUCACUGGGCGUGGAUCUCAAAAAGAAUUUGGAUGAGACCGUAUCAUAA